AUGGUGAAGAAAGUAGUAUAUCCUACUAGACGCUCGAAUUCCACAAACCCUUACGAUUAUUCCACCAACAGGGUGAAACAAGAGGCUGGGAAUCCUGGUCAUGAAAACAAUUGCAAAUCACAAUCAUUGUUCUCAAGAAUUAAAGGGUUUUUUGGUUCAUGGAAUCCCGCAGUUAAUAACAAUGAGAAUGAAAAUGGUGCUAUGGAGGACAGUACCACUACAUCAACCAACCUGAGCGCUAUUACUACCAUCCAACCUUUCAAAUACCCUGCCCCAGACGCUGAUUUCAUCAGUAAUAUAUCCUCUAGAAAACUUGUAUCCACCCCAACAACCCUGGCCUUUGGCACCCCAAACAAUUCUCUAAUACACCAACCGAAUAAUGGAACAACUCCAAAGGAUAAGUUGAUUAAGUAUCUACACGAAAAGGGGAUCUCAGAACUUGAGGCGGAAGGGAUUUUAUCAAUUGCCAAGCAGAUUGAUAGUGAUAAUACCGACCCAAAUAUUUCAAAGUCCAUUGAUUAUCUAGUACAUAACAACGAAUACCAGCCGUACUUAAAGAAACCAAGUGAUGAACCAAAUGAUAUAGAAGAAGAAAAAGAAAAGCAAGAAGACGAUAAAAAACAAUUAGAUUUACAAACCCCUAAACCAAAAAGAAAAGUGGAGACUUCGAUGUUUGCCAACAAUACCACCAGUUUUAUGGAUUCCAGUAUAUACAUGACCGCCAACAAGACAUUAAAAAGAAAUACUAGCCAUAGUGAGGCUUCAUCGCCAUUCAAGAUGAAUAUUACCAAACGUCCGAAAACUGUGCACGGGAAAGACUUUUUGAAAGCGGCAAAGGUGAAUAAUUCCACAAUUUUAGCCAAUAACACUACUUUUAAUGAUAAAACUUUUGUCACUGCUCGUGAAUAUUCUGAUGAUGAUUCUACGAUGACCACAGCCAAGAAUGAUGGCCCAAUAACUCAGCUUAGCUCCACUGCCACCGCCCUUCUCGGUAUUUUGGAUGCCGAUAAACCUAAAGAUUCUGAAAAACCAGCAGUGAAAGAAUCAAAGAAAAAAUACGAGAUUUAUAUCAACCCCUAUGUUAAUUCAUCAUUAUCCAGAAGUUCGCGCAAACCAAAGUCACGGAACUCAUCGGAGUUACAAACCCCUGAUGAUUCUACGAUGAAGGAUACUACCGCCAAUACCAGCAAUAAUAAAUUGUUGACUAUUGUGGAAAAUACAAUUGCUUUUGAUAAAUCCGCAUCUUUUGAUUCGGCACCAAGUUCGACUCCGUUCACUAAGCCACCACCAGAGAAGAAACCUGAAUCGACUACUCCUAUAGAAUUGGACAUUGAAUCGGAAAACGCUACCUUAAAAAUGGCGGAGCCAUCAAUUUUCAACACUGGAGAAAAUGGUGCCAAGACCUCAACCGCGAUGACGGCGAUGAAUAAAUACAAACCUCUGAAAUCAUCUUCUUUACGCUCAGAAGUAUUCAAGAAAAGUCCUGAAGGCAAAACAAAAACUUCUGGGUUUUCAUUUGGACUGGCAUCAUUUGGUCCACAAUCUACCAAUGUCAACACUCCUUUGAAAGCCAAUGGGGAAACAAAAAAAAAUAACAAUGCUUUGGCAUUUUCCACUCCACAGGCUAAUGGCCAACAGAAAUUGAAUGGUGGCUUUAACAAACCAUUGUUUGGUAAUAGUAUUACUGGCUUCAGCAGUGGUACAAUAAAUAAGGAAGAAACAUCAAUUAUCCAAACUCCAACUGCUAAGAUUGUUAAGCCAAUCACUCCUAUUACUCGUGACUUGAAACCAUCAAAUGUUGAAGUGAUCGAUGUGAGCGAUGAUGAUGAAAUGGGAAUUCCUGAAUCAACAGCCGUUGUCAAGAAAGAUACCUCAAGUAUUUCUCCAGUGAUGCCCGGGCCAUUUGAUAGACUUUUUUUCUUUCCAGCGGCAAUCAAGCAACAAUAUUUGUUGACCGAUGUCGAUGAAGCGCAAGUCCAGAUGUAUAAAGGGAUUUUCAGUUUUGAAACAUAG